AUGGAUGCGAGGCAGCAGAGGGAUCCACAGUGCGUCCCUGCUGUCGUGGCCGCCAUCAAGAGUAAGGGGAGGGCGAGGCAAUGGAGUGCGGUGCUGGAGUUGCUCUGGGGUGCAUCGCCUCCGGAUCUGCAUGUCGGUGCGGCCGUCCGUCUCUACAGUGCUGCUAUCAGCGCGUGCGGGAACGGCAGGCAGUGGUGGUGGGCGCUGUGGUUGCUCAGGGAGAUGGCGAAGGAAGAGAUGGAGCCAAACAUCAUCCAUAGCUACAGCGCUGGAAUCAGCGCGUGUGAGAAGAGCGAGCAAUGGCAGCGGGCACUGGCGCUGCUCAGAGAUAUACGGGAGACCAAGCUGGAGCCCGACGUCAUCUUAAUCUACAGCGCUGGGAUCAGCGCGUGCGAGAAGGGCAAGCAGUGGCAGCGGGCGCUGGCGCUGCUCAGCCAGAUGUGUGAGGCCAGGGUGGAUGCAGAC